AGCAAAUUGAACGCGACGGCCAUUUUCCUCACGAAGACACAACUCGACACUUGUCACUUGACAGGAUUGACAGCACACAUUGACACCACGAGAAACAGGGUUGUCAGGCGUGGCGAUUUUUCGAUAGACUAUAGUAUGGUGGUAGCGAGAUUCCAGCAAAUUGGCGAUAAACAUUUUUGACGCCAGUUAAGUCGUAAUUGAUUUUUGACGAUAUGUGUAUGGAUUAAUGGAGCAUGAAAGAAGGACCAGCGGAAGUUCUGUGUCUCUGCGAUUAUUACCGAUUUAUACGAUGAGAAAGAAAGAGAGAGACAGAGAGAGUCGCCCAAAAGAUUACUACGGAAAGAUCGCGGCACAGCUGGAGGGAGGGGAUGACAGUGACAGAAAUGACGCAUGAUCAAAGAAAACGUCGAAACGAAAAGAAAAGAAAUAUGGCGUCUUGUCGUCAGGAUCGCUCUUGCUGAAAAUUAAACAAAUUCAUGAAAAUUUCAUGUAUUACGAUGCAUCAAUCAUUUUAAACCAAUAAAAAGCAAACUACAAUAUCUAAAUUAUAUAGUAUUGUAAAUAUUUACAAAGACAUUUAGUCGUAAAGCUCAAAAAUUAGGAGAAAAGUAGGCUGCAAAAAUGGCCACAGGAUCUUCCCAAACGUGAAGUGCUACAAACUUCGUGGUGUCUUGGUGGAAAGUGUAGAUUAUAAUCCGUGAUCGUCGGGGCCGCCUCAGCCUUCAGACAAUCUAGCACUGACUACUAUGUGCUGGGUUCUUGAAAUUUCGUAAAAUGGAAAAGAGUCGACAUGGCAAACAUAAGGAAAAAACUAAGAAAUCUAAAAAACGUAGACGUAGAGACGAAAACGGUUCCCCAAGUAAUACUAUUGGUCCUGUUAAGCCUUUGGUAGAAUACUCUGAUGUAAGUUCAGAAGACCUCUCAGGUCCAGAGGCUGGUGAAAUACAGAGUGGUGAAGAUGCCACACCAAAUCCAAAUGCUUACAGUGGUGAAGAUGGUGAACUAGAAGCUGAAGACAUGCAUAGACUGAGAUAUUCCCGCAUUGAGGAAGAAAUGUAUAUAAGAGAAAGAGAGCGUGCCCUGCUGCUGCACUCACCAGGACGCCGACAUCGUCUGGACCCCACGAUGCUCCCCCGAUCCCCAACGCCCCCCAUUCUCAUACGAGAACGACAACUGUCUAUUUCUUCGCCAUCGUCACAUUCGAGUGGCACCAAACGAGGGGCAGUUAGGGGAGCGGAAUACGUACCUGUGCCCGAUGACCCUUCGGUGUCUGCAGAACCGGACAAGAAAAAGCGAAAACGAAAGGAGAAGAAACACAAAAAGGACAAAAAGGCGAAGAAAAAAAAGAAAAGGAAACAACGGAGCAGGAGUUCCAGUGUGGAAAGCGUAGAGAGCGGCGGUACUGUGUCCGACGAUUCCGUAUCUGUGAAAACUCCGCCUUUGCAACCAGUGUCAAAGGAUACUUCUCCAGUUUAUGAAGUGCACCAUCAUCGACGUCACAGUCAUCACAAAUCAGAACCCACCAUCACAGUAACGGUUCCAAGAAGUGGACCAGGGACCGUAACAAUCGAUCCUGGUGCAUGUUCUCCAGUAUCAAAUGAUAGCAAUAUCGCAUCUCCUGAAGAUCGAUAUAUCAGGAGUCCUACACCACAGCACUAUUCUAGGAACAACAUAUCCCCUGUAUACCGUAUUCCACAGGAAACAGUUAUUGUGGACACACCGCCGCCGAAAGUCUAUCGCGACUACCAUUAUCCAUCUGCCAGGGAAUCUCCACAUACACCGCCCCUGCACCAUGGUACUAUAAAGUACGACCGGUACGGGCUGUUAGAAGAAAUUAGGGUUGUACGAGGCUCGCCCAUCGUUGUUGAUGACAGGCGGAGCGUUUCUCCAGUCGUUGUGAGGACAGUAUCAUUGACGUCUGACACACCAAUAACCGCCAGUCACAGUCAUCAUUCUCACCAUCACUCCGUUUCGCACCACCAUUCGUCGUCAAAGCAUCGCACUCCCUCCCCAUCCUCCGGUAGGCGGCGGAAAGACAAGGAGUCAUCGCACAGGAAACACAGGAGAGACAAGAGUGGACGGACGUCUAGUGGAGUGACAGCUAGGGAUAAGAGUGGGAGCGCUAGGCGCAGUAGGAGCCCAGUGUCCAAAAGCAAUAGGCGAAGCCGAUCUAGUAGCUAUGGAAGGCGUCAUUAUAGCCCAUCACCAAUCAGAGGUAGCAGUAAGAAGAGGAGGGAUAGUAGGAGUCCUAGGAGGGAAAAAAGCAGGCACAAGCAUCGAAGUCCUUCACCUCAUUCGAUCAGAUCGUCGCAACUGAAGAAUAAAAUUACUGACACAAGUUUGUUCGCGGAGUUGGUCAAAGACCGGCAUAAGCGAGAGCAAGAGCUCAAGAGAUUAGCUGAGCAGAUGGAGAAGGCUGGACCUAGUCUAGAGGAGAAAGAUAAAAGUGAAGAUCAAACUGACAACGGUCGACCGAGCGAAAACAACGUGCCUGUUCCGAUGGACAUCGACGACAUCCCAAUUCCAGAAACAGAACCGAGCAAACUAAACGACAUUGCGUUGCCAAGCAACGGCGAGGCUGACAGCGCCAGUCGAACGCCGCCUCUUUCUCCUGUACGAAACGAGAUAUCUAAGAAUGGUGAUCCUCCGCCUGUCAGUCAACAACAGGAAUCUGUCAAGAUCUCACAAACGUCGUCGGAACCGACUACACCGAAACCAGUACCAGCGCCAGUGGAAAAACCGAAACAGAAGAGUGUAACCAAGCUACCCCUUCCUCCAGGUAUUGAUACUACGCAGCUGGAGAAUAUCGAGAGCCCGCCUAGUCGAUCUCCGACGCCUCCGCCUCCCGUACCAUUGGCACCUGUUUCCAGGGCCAAAACGCCACCUAGGAAGAGUGUCAAGGAUCUACCAAUGCCGCCUGUGGUUCCUGGCACUGAAGAAUUGAGUGGUGACGAUGACAUUCCUAGUACACCACCAAGGAACAAUGUUAACCUGAAGCUUGACAAGUUGCCAAAAUCUGCACCAAAACCUAAACUGAAACGGCCAACUAUCCUCAAGAGAAAAGGUUCGCGGAUGGUGCACACAAGUGGUAGGGACUGGGGAGAGAGAUGUGUGGAUAUGUUUGAGGUUAUUGCUCAGAUUGGGGAAGGUACUUAUGGACAAGUGUACAAAGCCAAAGACGUGCAAGCCAAUGUACUGGUAGCACUUAAAAAAGUGAGGUUGGAGAAUGAGAAAGAGGGUUUCCCCAUAACGGCUGUGAGAGAAAUUAAGAUUUUAAGGCAAUUGAAUCAUAAAAAUAUUGUUAAUCUAAGAGAGAUUGUUACUGACAAGCAGGAUGCUGUUGACUUUCGAAAGGAGAAAGGUUCUUUCUAUUUGGUAUUCGAAUAUAUGGACCAUGAUUUGAUGGGUCUUCUAGAGUCUGGUAUGGUGGACUUCAAUGAACUAAAUAAUGCUUGCAUUAUGAAACAGUUGUUGGAUGGUUUGAAUUACUGUCACAAGAAGAACUUCCUCCAUAGAGAUAUCAAAUGCAGUAAUAUUUUAAUGAACAAUAAGGGCGAGGUUAAACUGGCAGAUUUUGGUCUUGCCAGACUUUACAAUGCUGAAGAUAGACAGAGGCCUUAUACGAACAAAGUGAUAACUCUAUGGUAUAGGCCACCAGAACUUCUUUUGGGGGAGGAAAGGUAUGGGCCUGCCAUAGACAUCUGGAGUUGCGGGUGUAUCCUAGGAGAAUUGUUCCUGAAGAAACCACUAUUUCAAGCCAAUACGGAAAUGAUGCAACUGGACAAGAUAUCGAGGGUGUGCGGCACGCCCACUCCAGCCGUUUGGCCAUCUGUGAUCAAACUGCCGCUCUUCCAUACGCUCAAACCGAACAAGCUUCAUAGACGGCGAUUACGCGAAGACUUCGUAUUCAUGCCUUCCUCAGCUCUGGAGCUGCUUGACAGGAUGUUGGAGUUGGAUCCCGACAAGAGGAUCACUGCAGAGGAUGCUCUUAAGUCGCCAUGGCUGAAAAACAUCGAUCCAGAGCAAAUAUCAGCGCCUGAACUUCCUACGUGGCAAGACUGCCACGAGCUGUGGAGCAAAAAGCGGAAACGUCAGUUCCGUGAGCAGGCCGAGGCAAUGCAAAACCUGCCCCCAGGCAAACCAUUGCCAGGGGCGCCACCACUUGGUGCCGUCCCUGUGGGGAACAGGUUGGACAAGCCGGUUGCAGCAGGUGGUGCGUUGAAGCCUGAAGAAACCCUGCUCGACGGAGGCGGGUGAGUAGUUGCUCAAAGGAAGGACUUUUGUUGUUGUAAAGGUUGUCUCGUGUAUUUGUUGUGGUAGAGGAACACACACGGAUAGAGAUUUUAAUGAGGCGCAGCUCUGAAACGGACACUAGAAUGUUACAAAAAAUAUAUUGUAAAAAUGCUGCUGUGCCUGAAUAGCACUACUUAAAAUGAGUGUCAGUCAAUUUGACAUCUCGCGCGUGGUAAUAGCUCAUAAUGGCGAACUGUCUACUUUCUUUAAAAGGAUGGUCGAGGAGAAUUGAGGGAAAUGAAGAUGGUCAAAGAUAGGCAAGAAUCAUCAGAGAAAAAAUCACGUUAGUAAAAGUAAUAGAGAUUCUCUCAGGACAUAUAGUGAAACCUGGUUAAGUGGUCCCUGAAUGUGGAAACUUCUACUACUCAGAUUUACAAUGAGGUCCAGACACUUUUGCAUUCAAUUACCUUUGUACUGAUAAUUUUAAACUCUUAAUUGAGAUCUGAUUUCUUUUAUUUCUUCGAUGUUUACCUUUGCAAUUAGGAAUUUGUAACCCAAUAGAACUGAUACAUUUCGUCUGUAGUAGACAUGUGCCACAUUGGUUUACAAGAAUUCAAAUUUCAUACAGUACAUUUCGGUCUCUUUUAGCGGGACCAUCUAUUAUACAACUGCCAUUUCAAACCGGCCUAUUUAGGAAACUGAAUAAAUGAAAAGCGUAAGCAUCCGAUGUGGAAAUGUAAAUUCAUCUGCAUAAAGGUAAAUAAUAAAAAAUCCAAGGUCCUUUGACAUUCCAGUUAUACAGGUUUCUCUGUAUUUUGUUUCUGUUAUCCUACUUUAGCAGGAAAAAUCCGGGUUUCACAUGCGUGUAUACCAUGUUGUACUCUAAUGGAAAAGAAGCAGGAAAUGCAAGAGGAACAUUUUUUGACAUUGUUAAACAUUUAUCAAAUAGCGGCUUAUCUACAAUUUGGCCCAACUAUCAAAACUACGUUUUUUAUGAAAUUUGUCAUACCAGCGGAAACGUAUUAAAAACUAAAAUUAUAUUUCUGAUAACAUACGAUAUUUUUUUUUAAAUUAGCCUAAAAUACUACAUUUCUUAGUAUUAAAGAAAAAAUAUCUCACAAAUAAAAAAAAAACUGCAGAUUAAUAAAAAUCAACAAAACCUAAUAGCAGCAAAUCACCACUGCGUUACAUCGCCUUUUCGGUUGAUUACUGCUUCGAUACGUCUUGACUUGGUGUCAAAGUCAACUAAUGUUUGGCAGUUUUGGGUGUAAAACUGUUCCAAAUUUGUUGAAGAUGGGUUCGCAAUUCCGGAACGGUUCUUGAGGGAUUUGAUCGGAGCUUUUUCUUCAUGAUAUGACACAAGUAUUCAAUCGGCGAUAGAUCUGGACUACUCGACGUCCAUUUUAAAACUGAAAUAUUGUUUUCUAACAUCCAGUCUUUUACUUUUUUAGCCGUUGGCUGAUUCCAUAAUAUUUUCAAUUCGUUAGAAUUAGCCGAUUUCCCUUGAUAAUUCGUUUUGAGGCUCUUAAGUUGGUAUUGGAAUAACGCGGGCGACUUCCAGUUCUAGGUUUUUGAGCCACAGAUCCCGUUCUUUUAUACAAUUUAAUAAUACUUUGAACUAUAUAUCUCGAAAUGUUAACACUGUCAGCGAUUUGGUAAGCAUUUUGGCCUUUUUAAUGCAAGUAAAUGAUCACUUUUCUCAUUUCGUCAGAAACAGCCAUUUUUAAUUGUUAACACCAAUGCAUUGAAUGUUGAUUUAACCUUUUCAGACCCAAAGCAAUUCUACUUCUAAACAAUUGUUGAUUUUUUAGUCAGGUGAUUGUUUGGACAUACGAAAGCCCAGAGUCAAUGUAUUUUUCAAAAAUUUUAUUCCCAUUUUGAAAAAAAUCAGGUAUCACAAAGGAUACUUUGGGGUUCUAGGCAAGAAAAAAAAUGUCCAAGCAAAUGAAAAGGUAUUUGUGAAAAGUUGAAAAACAGUUUCUUUCGACGCUACAACAUAAAUACACCACAAGAUUUACAUUUUGCAAAAGUUAGUUUAUCCCACGUAGGCAAACGGCAUUUGGAUCGUGAUUUCUGUUUGCCUUUCAUAAAUUCUACCAAAUGUGUAUUUCCCUGAAGCCUGCAUCUCUUGUCGGGAAUGGGUUGGACGCUUCGUCGUUUGUUCCCUGGUUGAACUUCUUCUUCAGAUUCUAUAUCUUCCUGGUCUUGAUUUUCUAAUACUCGUGUUUUGGCAACAGAUAGUUUGAAAUCAAAAUAAUCCAUAAUAUCCUUUCUACGUAAGCCGGCAGCUUUGGCAUUUUCACGGUAUUCCAGCCAGCCUGCUGCUACUGAGAAAUCGAUAAAAUGAAAAAUAGUUCGCACAGUCCAUUUGUUUGUCCGAUUUCUCAUUGCAUAUUUUCCAAUUACGCGAUCUAGAAGGUCUACUCCACCCAUAUAAGCAUUGUAGUUUUUAACAACUGCUGGCUGUUUGUCAUCAACACGCUUUUUCUCAACCUUAGACCACCUACUACAAGUUCCUUCUGGGUCCACGCCAAUGCAGGAUGAAGCAAAGUUUACAGGUUUGUUAUCGAACCACUUCAUGAGUAUUAUUUUGCCGUCGUCCCGCACAAGGUGAUCAUAGCUUCCUCUCUCUUUCUUUUUCAGUUCGUUGUCAGGUAGAAGACUAGCACUUUUAGGAAUUCUGUUAGCCAUUAUCGUUCCGGCUAAAGUAAUGCCAUGUGAGGAAAGAAAAUCUAUCAGGGGGAUCGAAGUGAAAUAUCUGUCUGUGAAUACUGAAACUCCUACAGGAAGAGUAUCUGCCAAUUUAAGGACCAUUCUCCCGCCAACAUCCAAUUGUUCUGGGACUGCUAAUAACGCCGGUUCCACCGAUGAGCCCUUACCUUCAUAGAUGUGAAAAUCAAGCGGGACUCCAGUCGGAGUUGCCAUUACGAAGUUUUUGAGGCCUAUUGGGUUAGGCUUACCACGCACAAAUUGUCUCAUGGUGACUUGGCCAGCAAAGGGUAUCAUCUGUUCGUCGAUGGACACCUUGCUAGUUCUUUCAUUUAUGCGACAUACUUUUUGUACUCUGUCAAGGAGAGGUCUUACCUCCCAGAAUCUAUCAAGCGAUUUGGCCUCUGGGGACACCCUAUUGUCAUCUACAACUUUUACACGAGAGCGUAACUUGAAAAAUCGAUUUCUUGUAAUGUUAUCCGACACUAUGGGUACCCUAGUGCUGUUAGCCCAAAACAUCCGCAAACGUGGUAGUGAAUAAAUUCCUAUUAGCAUGGUACAGCCAAAUAAUUUUCUAAUCUCGCUAGCAGUAGUAUCCAAUGAAUGUCCUGUUUCGCUUACUUCCCUCAUAUUUGUAAGUUCAGAAACACUUUCAAAGAAGUCAUCACUGAUAUAUUUUUGAAAAUAUUCAGAAGGUCUUCCAACUUGGCCGCUGUAAUUUAUAGAAUCCAUGUGGUUCGGCGGAACAAAGACUUUAUUGCGAAUCCACUUUUCGGAAUGUGAUGGAAUUAAACUCGCUAGGAGCAGGUCAUCUUCAGAAUCGAAACCAUCAUCGGGCUCUGGAUUGUCUUGGUCAUCAAAAGCUUGCUCGUCCAACAAAUCCUCCUCAAGGUUAUCACCAUCAAGGUCAUCUUCACUAAGAAGUUCUUCAUCUAUAUCAGAGUUAUUUAGAUCUAUAGCAUCAGCCAAUUCCUGAAGCUCUUUGUCAGUCAAAGGGCCUGAAACAAUACAAUUUCUAUAAAGUAAUCUUCAUCUAUCUUUUUCUUGUUUUUUUUUUAAAUUAUAUUGCUAGAGACCCAAAGUAUCACCUGCGAUACUUCUUCUAUUUCAUCUAGUCGGCACCUUUAGCGAGAACGUUCACCGCAAUAAAAUAGCAUACUUACAUUAAGGAACAUUAUAACAACUAUUUAAAACCAAAUAUAUUCAGUAAUGAAUUGUACUUACGUCUAUUUUCAUUAAAAGCCAUCCCCACGUGUUUUACACAACCACAUCAACAUGCGUUGACUGUGUAUCGCAUGUGAUACUCUUAGGACCGAACAAAUUCAUGCGGUCUAAGCGCGAGAUAAAAAAUAAUUUUCACGAGUAUAAUAUAUGAUAGCCCGUUUCUGAGGAGGUUAAACGUCAACAAUCAGCUUCUUAGCAACGUAAAAUGUUAUCAUUUGUCUUGCAAAGCCUACCUUUAUUUUAUCAAAGCGAAUAAACAGACCAUUCAACUUAAGUUGUCUAUCAUGUAUUUUGCUAUACACAAAUCAUUUUGCAAAUAAGACAAUUUCGCAAUGAAAACGCUUCAAAAAUGGAUUUUGUUAUCUCCAUAAUCAUUUAAAGAAAUCAAAAAUAUAUUUGAAAUAAAAUUUUAUCCUUCUAUUGCAUGAUUUAUUUGACAUGUCUUUUUAUCCUAAAAAAAUUAUUAUUGAUGAGUUAUGUCAUUGAGUGGUCAAAAAAAAAUAUGUCAACAUAUUUUAUUAUAAAGGAGGUACAAAAUAUUGUUCCGACUUGGGAACAUUAUGGGUAUGGAAGACAAUAAAAAGUUAUUUUAAUUUGUAUGAAACUCUACAAAACAAUUACUUUUUGCAUAAGAAGUUGGACUUUACAUUUUAGACAUAAAACUCGACUUUCCUUACAAUCUUGUUUUUGGCAUCUUUCACGGUGGUCCGUCUAUUGAUUCCAGUGCUGAACAUUAUCAUACCUGACCUCAGUGCUGUACAAAACUGUUUCAUAAACAACUUUGUAUAAAAAGACAUUAUACAAAAAAAAAACGUGUACAUCAUCAUCCUUGUACAUCAGUAUGGGAAGUGGAACUUACCAACUUCUCUUCAGAAGCUUGGCUGCUGGAGGCAAUGGUUGGAAGCAAAUGAACUAAUGGAGAAUCAUCGUCGCUAUCAUCUUAAUCUGGGUGCCCAGCUUGGAUUUUUCUCCCAUCUUCGAUAUCAUCCUCCAAUAUGGAAUCUUCACUGUCAGAUGGAAUGUCUCUAAUAUCGGUAUUGUUUUUACCAUUAAAGGCUUUGGGUUUCACUGGGCCGAGUUUUUCCAUGUCCACAUCCAUGAUGAGCAUAUAUUAAGACAAAUAUUUGGAUAUAUGUAGUAAUGGACAAAAGUAUAUAGACAAAUUAAUAUUGUGCUGUAUUUCUUUUUUAACUUGUUUUAUUAUUACACCAGCCUGUAUACAUAAUUCGUUAUAGCAUAAUACUCACUGAUACAUAAAUAAAUUCAUUAGACUCCCUUCAAUAUAAAAUAAAUUGAAAAAACUGGAACUAUGAAGGACAAAAAUAUAUAGACAAAGCAAAACAAUUAUAGAAAAAAGAAGCAAAGUUCAUUGAAUCAUAGAAAACCAACCAUGUUUGUGUUAAUAUUUUAUAGCAUAACCAUUAUAUUAUCAAUCACCGCCUGGCACCGUCUCGGCAUAGAUUGUAGUACUUUCUUGAUAUAAUGAUCAUCUAUCUGUCUCCACUUUUGCUCUAAAGCGGCAAAAGGUUCAUCCUUGUUUGAAUAAUUUUUAUCUCGUAUUUGCUUAUCUAAGUGUUCCCAUAGAUUUUCAAUGGGGUUUAUAUCGGGAGACUGUGAAGGCCAUUCGAGAACUGGUAUUUUUUCAUCCAGAAAGAAUUGCUUUGCGAGAUUUGAAGUGUGCUUCGGGUCAUUAUCUUGCUGGAAGAUUGAUCUUAAGGGCAUAUUGUCUUCCAUAUAGGGUAAAAUGACAUGCUUUAGUAUGUCUGUGUAUACAAACUUAUCCAUAAUGCCAUCUAUUCUAUGUAAAGGUCCCUUCCCAAACCACGAAAAGCACCCCCAAACCAUAACAGACAUGUUUGACAGGGGGCAAAGUGGACUUGGGGUUCAAUCUUUGUCCACUAGGACGUCUAACGUAAUGAACACCAUCUGAUCCAAACAUAUUGAACUUGGAUUCGUCACUGAAACAUACCAUCUUCCAGUCACAGAUGCUACAAUCAAGAUGCAACCGUGCAAAUUGUAAUCGGUCCUUAAGGUUUUUCCUCGAGAUUAGCGGCUUCUUACUCGGGCGACGCGCAAAUAACUUCAGAUCAUUUAAUCUUCUACUUAUAGUUUUCGUAGAAACACUGAUAAUUCCUUUUGUCUCGAUUUAGGUUUUUAUUUGUCGUGGGGUUUUAAACGGAUUUCUGGACGAUAUUACUUUUAUUAAUCUAACUGAUAGUAUUUAGUUUUCUAGGCCGGCCACUUCUGUUAGAGGCUUCCAAGAUACCUUUUUGUUUAUAUUUGUUCAAUAUUGCCCAAACUGCUUUACGCUUCAGCUUAACAUUUUUGGAAAUGUCGACUUGACGUUGACCAUCUUUGUAUAAAUCAAUGAUCUUAGUUUUCACAUCAAAAGAAAUUUCUGGACCACGCGGCAUGGUCUUAAAAUCACUCAACUUAUUCCACAAUACUUAAUGGACACAAACUAGUCCUCUUCUGACACGAAGCUUUACUUAACUAAUGUUGAAAAGAAUUUGUCUACAUAUUUUUGUCCCUCAUAAAAAAGUGCUAAUAUUUAGACUUGUAUUGUGUUCGUUGCAGAUAAUGUAAAAACAAGGAAUUUAGUUUUUCUACUAAUAACGCAUUUGUUUAUGGAGCAAUGAAGUAUGAAUUCGUUUUCUAAGGUAUUUAGGUAAAUAUUCAUAUUUGUCUAUACUGUCCAUUACUCUAUAUAUAUAUAUAUAUUGGAAAAUUCAAUACACUAUUUACAAAAACUUAGAAUAUAUAGUAUAAACUAAAAAGAACAUCAAUGCAUAUUGUUCCCAAUCGGGAACAUAUGUCCAUCCAAAGCUAACCUAUAUUUUCAGAAUAUUAUUAUGUGCAUAAUGGCCCCACUCAGGAACACUAAUAUCUACAGAAAAAGUAAUUACAUGCACAAAAAUAAACCAUCCUACGUAUCAAACACAUAAUGAAUCGAAAACACAUCGAGAAGCAUCAGCUGAUUAUAAGAUCACGAUGUCGGAUAUUCUUACCUCGACGUUGUAGAUGUGGUGCCAUCUAUACAGAAACGUAUGAACAUCGUUAAACAACGUUCCCGAUCGAUGCAUACAAAUUUGGUAAAUGCUUAGGGAAAAAUAUAGGAAGUCACAGAAUGUACUGUUCCCGUUUGGGAACAAUAUGAAAUAGAGGGUUAAUUAGCCCUCAAAUAAAUUCACAAAUAUCAUGUUUUUUGGCGUUGGGCCAACAUCACUGAGACAGGGCUCGUAGACCUUAUUUCACGAGUAUCCAUCACGCUUUGAGGCUGUCACGGACUUGUCAUACUUUUUUUCCGGUAAAACAUUCUAUAUCCAAAAUUUCUCAGAAAUGAUAGGCAAGACACAAACACGAGAAAUAGCUCUCCUGUAAAUUUUGUAUUUUAUGACUUAGAAUACUUCUACAUUCAAGCGACGAAGUACAGAUGUAGAAAAGUUUAUUAGAAAAUUAUUAUAGUACAUCUGGGAUUUAUUAAUUACAUGGUAUGUCAAUAGAACAGGUUGAUUAGUAUUUUCCAGAAGCUGUAAAUUUACCUGUAAAAUAAUAUAGAUACGUCUUUCUGAUUUACUGUCCGUCAUCAGUGUAAUAUAAUUCAUCAAAAGCACAUAACAAAUCACAUCAGAACUAAUACAUUCACCCAAAAUUACGAAAAGACGCACCACUAUGCCAUAUUAUUGUGAUACAUUAAAUGAUGAUGGCAUAGCAUCAAUUUGCUGACUGGUAUAUCCUUAUGAAUAUCUUCAUCUCUUUGAAAAAAUUAUAAACUGCGUUUGCGUUUCCUUGGGAUUUUUGCAGAGUUCUCAACAAUUGGGCCCAUGCAUGUAUUCAUGAACACUGCUUUGUCCCAGUUGUGCAUAUUUCAUGACUUCCUGCAAUACUUACUUACAUUUUUAUUUUAUUACUUGUUAGAAUUACCUUAGUAAUGUUCAGACUUAUUUGAGGGAAUCGAACCUCUAUCAACUCGGUCAUAUCCAUCUGCCACACAUUCUGAACUUCAUGUUUGGCUGUUUCAUUGCUCUUUAAGAUCAUAUGGUGUUUCGAGUUCUAAAAAGUAGAUAUAAUUAAUAUAGUCAAAAACUGUUUAUAUAUUCCUACCUGACAUGAAAUGUAGUCAUGGUCUUUAGCAGCCAUAGUGCUUGUAGCGUUUCUUUCGUAUGCUAAGAAACUUUUUUAAAUAAAGGAGUGGUAAGCAAGUAAAAAAUGAAUCUGUAGCGGACAGAGAACCAUAACAAAAUACGGAUCCGUCUAGCUGGAGUUCACCGAUCCGUCGGAAUUAAUUGCUUCCUGUGUUGAUAUGGAGAAUUUUAAAAUAUUACUAAAUAACUAGCUGUCAUUGUUCCAUGAUGGAUACUCGUGAAAUAUGGUGUAUAUAACAAACAAAUAGUUUGUACAAAGCACCUCAAAAAAUGACAUGACCUGCCAAAGUCUUAAAAUUGUGCGUAGUGAUUAAAAGUGUGGGAGUCAAAAUUAGAUUACAAAAGAACUCUACUCUUUUGGAACUUCAACUUUUCCUAUAAAAGGUUUGUUUCCUUUCGGAUGAUAUGCUACACAUCUUGUAGUCUGGUAGCGAAAAGGAAGAGAGCAGCAAAACACAUCGCAUACCACUGCUGGCGCAGCGUGCCUUUAAAUUGACACGGUCACUGCACGUAUCCCGCCGUAUUGAAAGAUGUACGGUGAUUUGCUGCUCUCUUCCUUUUGGAUACCAGAGUAUAGAAUUAAUGCAUGUUUCCAGCAAUAUAACCUAAGAUAAUUUUCGAUGUGGAUGUCGCUAGUUAAGUCCACCCAGUAUGGAUGUAAAUUCAGGCAUUUCACCCUCGUUUCGACUUCAACUAUAGAAAUUGUUGCAUAUUAUACUUUUAACAAAGAAGUACCAGCAGAAGUAUUUUGAACCAACAUUAGACAUAUGUCAUUUUUCCAAAUUAAGAGUCCCUUCCGUCGAUUUCCAUAAGUAGUUGCUCACUAACAUUUAAAAAAAUGUUAUUGUGUGGAUUGUAUCAGAACAGUUUCAGAGCUAGCCAAAUUAAAAUAAAAACCGAAUAGACGAAAUAUAUAUAGAUAGACAAAUGAGAUGGUGGUUUGGUGCUUGAAGAUUGUUUUUUGUUUCAUUUAUUGCACAGAAGAUACAGAAUUUAAACAUAUUCCUGAUUUAAAUAAAUCAAACACUUGUAAAUAAUAUAUAUUAGUUAUUGAAUCUUAGGUUGUUGUAUAUAAUUUUAUUGAUUUAGCCAUUGACUAAGAGUAUUGUAAUUUUUCUUCUUCGGAAAUAAAAUAAACUAUGAGGUAUUUACUAUCAUGAAAUUACUUGAUCACCUGAUUUCUCAAGUAUUUCUACAGUCUAUGAUUCGUAUUGCAAAUAAAUGAAUCUUAUUCAUUGCGUCUAACACACAUUCAGCGUACUCCGUUGCACGCAUGUUGUUACCUCCGCGUAGCAGACAGUCUGCGCUACCCAGUGCACUCAAACUGGCUAUGCGCUGUCGGCUCAUGUCUGGCCAGCCCCCGGUUUCAGGUCAUAUUCGGACAAGCGAUAUCUGACCGGUUUAAUCGCGGAUAUCCAGAGAUGAACCGAUGUACUCUAGCAGCGUGUGGCUGAGCGGGUCUGAGUGCUCUCGGUGGCGCAGACCGUCUGUUACGCGGAUUGGGUGAUUUUUGUCAGAUUUGUGAGGCUUUUUAUUUACUGACUCUUCACUGCACCACAAAAAACAUUCAACAAUGCAUUUAGCAUAUUACCACUAAUUGCAUUCGAAGCGAGUAAUUAAGCUUUGUCCCUAGGUGGGCAAAAGUAUGGCCUCGUAUUUUUUUAACACUACAAAAAGCAUCCAUUGUCAAUAUUUGAUCCAUCAUUGUAAAUCCUUAGAUGUCUAUUUUUCUUCUAAAUCGCCACUCCGAUCGUGGCAUUUUUUGUGAAUGCUGACAUUUUUUGUGUUUCUUGUCUUACCAGCUAGCCACCAAGUCCUUGAGAAAACUCUGAUCGACCGUUACGGGACUGAAUCGCUUUCCACUCAAAUGUGCUUUUUCAGCUUAGAGUUCAGGUCAUAGUAGGUACUGUGAAACAUUAAAUAAAUAUUCAGAUGCUCAAUUCAGUACUAAACGAGAUGUAUGUUAAGCAAGUGCAUAAACAUUAUCCAUGACAACGCACGGCCACAUGUCAAUCACCUAUCAAUCAGCCGCCCUUUUGCAACAGUUUGGAUAGGAUUUAAUCACACUCAUCCUAUAUUACUGCGGAUUUGUCACCCAGUGAUUAUAUGCUGUUCUCGUAUGUUGAAAGAAAAUUUGACAAGACGGUUCCUUUUUGAGAACGAAAUGCUCUCAAGGACCUCGCAGUAAACUGGCAUGACACGACCAUACAGAAAGUCCCAGAGCGUCCACAAAAAUGCAUCGACCGCAAUUUAUAAAAUAGACCAAUGGCUGAACUUUCUAAUUAUGUAUCAAACAUUGGAAAUCGACAGUUUUUGUACUUUUACAAGAAUAUGAGACUUUACUUUUUGGUUUAUUUCACUACAAGUUUUACCACUCGCCAAACUGCCUUAUGCCUAGCACUACAAAAACGGGUACCACCACUGAAUUUAAUGAAAAAUAUCAAAUGUUAGACAUAUUUAUUUAAAACAAUCUCAGCUCCGUACUCCACGUCUAGACUGAAAGUUUGUUAGAAUAAUGGUUGACUUUCUGGCAGAGAUUUUCAUUUUUUUAUCUAUAACCCAUUUUCCUAUUUAGUAAGUUAUUCUAGAAACUUAGUAUGUAGUAGAAUACUACUACAUACUUACUUGAUAAUAUAUGUGUACGGAAGGCGUGUGCCAAAAAUUCUGUAAGUAUUAGACAGAGUAUCUGGGAGAAAAUUUCACGAAGUUAAAACAAAUAAAUACGAGACAUUUCAAGAAAAAUGAUUUUCAGAGUAUUAACGUAAACUUUGUUCUCAAAAUUUCCCCACCGAAAAACGUCUAUUUUGUGGAACAGCUCGGGAGUCACCCUUAUAAUGUGGUAAGUGUAAGCACCACUGCAUAGUUUUCAAAAAAUGGAUUUGUUUAUUAUUGGCUUAAUAAAUACUUUAAACCGAGAAAAACAUUUCAUACCUGAAAGUAAUUCUUUUGUAAUCGUGAGCUCUUAUCCAAGCGCGAAAUCUUAUUUUAAUUAAUUUUUAUUCUCAAACAUACUAACAAAUGCUAUUUUAAAGCAUUUAUGUUCGGGUAGAAUCAAUAGUAACAUGUGCUAUUGUAGAGUCAACGCGUGUACAGAGAGGAUUCAUUUUUACAUGGCUAAAAUAGAUUUGAAAGCUUUAAAAGUUUUUCUCGAAACACGUUUUGUAAAACGGCACUCAUCAUGACUCGGAUAAUUUUCAUUCUUUUGAUUUUUUCUUUUUUGUCCAAAGUAGCAUACUCAUGCUGCAGAGCACAUCAAAUUUUAUGUGACUCGCGAAAAUGGCUACAGUACAUUAUCUUAAAUGUUUGAUUAAUUUUUUUCUGUUACCUAUAUGAUAAAUAAUAUUUUAUUGCGUUUUCUUCCACAAAAAAGACAAAUCAUUAUUACCGUUACAGUGGUGUUACUAUCCCUUAAAACACAUCCGUGAACUUACGCAAAAUGUUGUCUAAGCUGAGGCAUAAAAUGAUUUGCAAAAAUGAAUCACCUAUGGUUGUGCCUUUCACUCAAACAAAAGGCCCAAUUGAUUAGUCUUGACAUUGGCAACCACAAGUUCCAAAUUUGAAACUGUUAACUCUUCCUGUGAAGUUUUCCAAAAGCAAAGUUUAUGUUUAUACUCCGAGUAAUAUAGCGGGCUUGAAAAAUAUACGUCGUGAAAUAUUUGAAAUUGAACCUGAUAUGCUUCAGCAUGUCUGUAGGUUUCGUGGGUGCGAGCAGUGGAAUGUGGGGUAUCGAGUUGAAGUUCUCUUUGAAAAAUCCCAAAUCUGGUUGCUUCAAUUUCGAUAAAAACGUCCUAAAAUGUGCUGUAAUUAUUCAUUUUACUGUGCAAUGAUUGAUUUGAAGGGUUUUCUUGAGAGACGUAUAGAACGUAAUAGAAGAAAGUCAAGAUUAAUUUCGUAAUCAAAAAAAGUUUGCUAUAAUAAAAAUAUGUAUUAUAUUUAUUUUGGCAAGUAUAGUAUAUAUAAAUCGUUAGGUCACAAAUAUUUCCCAGACGAUUCACCACGUUGUGUAAGUAUUCUUUAUCCUUCUACUGUCUAAAUAGACGUUUAGUCCGUCUUUUUGUUGCAUGUAGUAGGUUUCUAGAAUAACUGCUUCGAAAGUAUAAAUCAGUAGGAAUUAGCAGGGUAGACGUUUUCUGUAAGAGGCCCGAUAACUUUUUUGCUAUGCUACGUUUCAUUAGUGGCAAAUAUUUGAAUCUGUGUUAUGCCCAGUUAGGUCAAACACCUGCGCACGACGUUCAAAUUUGCUCGAUCCCAUUGCCCAACAGGCCAUAAAUGCCUGGGUGGGCAGCAUCUACCGGAUAUACGCGACGAUCGAGUGCUCAUGUUGUUUGUUUUGACGUGGUAUAAAUAAAAUUUGAACAGACAAUAGGCAGUGAUUAUAGACUAUAUACAUGGUGAUUAAAAAACGAUGCCGAUAUAUCUAUGUAUAUUAAAAGUAACGUAAGUUUGAAUAAACAUAAGUUCAAAAAUGACCCAUUACAAAGAUACGUUGAUUUCUACAAUUCUGGCUCUUUUAUGAUUAAUUAAGAUCAUAACAUAGUACCCUAGUCUACUUCAAACUUUUUAAUUUCAAAGAUUAGUGUGUAGAUGAAUUAUCUCAAAUAUUUGUCAAAUUUUUUCUCUAAAAAGAUGAUUAGACAAAAAAUCAUCAGGAGCUAAUUUAUUCAGAAUUAAGUACUUUAUCUAAAAUACAGUAAGAGUUUCACAAAAGUCAGUGACAGAACAUAUUUUUCGUUCCCCUUCUGUAGGGGUCAAAGUAUCUGAUUCUACGCCACUGGUGUAGUUGGAGCUUCAUUUUUUUAUUGAGAUUGCUUUUGUUGUUAGUACUGCAUGUUCAAAAUUUUGAUUCAGUAUAUUGUUGCCCUACGGAUUUCUUGAGUUUUCAAUUAUACCCUCAACUUGUAUUUCGAUGAGAGUGUAUUUUAGGAUCCAUGUUUAUAUUAACGUACUAUUUUUUGCCUAUUUUCUGCACUAGAAAUAUUGUCACUGGUUUCUGAAUCACCCUCUAAAAAUUUACUGCAUUUAGCAAAAAAGUCAUUAGGCCUAACUCAUGAAGUUUUUGUACAAUCUUAAAUAAUUAUAUUGUUACUUUAUGGACUGGCCUUCAGUGUGCCUUGUAAAUGUGGAUUUACAUGGUAAUUGGUAAAUUUGUUACAAUAUUUUUCAACGACUUUUAAUUUAAGAUGGUAGUAUGUUAACUUGAAUUGAUAUUUUAAAAAGCAAGUUAUAGUAAUUUAUUACGACCCGCUAUAACGAGAGA